UGAUGUUUGUCGUACUUGGCUAUUGCAGCGCGUUGGAGCUCCUCAGUUUACAGGUCUUGACGUUUUAAUUAUUUUUUUUUCUUACUGUACAUUACCAUGGAAAAUAUUUGCGAUCUGCAAAUCGGCAAAGAUUCUUUCGCUAGCGUACGAUUGGCGGAUCGUUCAGAGCUAUUCCGCAUUCUACCGUUCCUCGAAAAUCGUUUGCCGUCCUCUUGUGAGACACACUUACUCGUGCUUUCAGCCUUGUUAACUUCUAAACCGGCCUACGGCAUUUAUUUCCUCCGGAAUCCUACCAGUACGAAGAAUGAUGACUAUUCGGCCAUCGUUGGAAUCAAGGAAGAACAAAGACUCGACAGUUACAACCGAAUUCAGAAAGUAUGGAUCUUAGGGAGUUGGAGCGUGAAUGAGAGUACGUUGCUUCGAGUCUACAAGGCAAUCGAUACGAUCGACUGGAAAUGUGAUAUUGUUUUAGCUUAUAAUCGAGCCCAUCAGCCUCACCCAGACCUGCUCAAAUUCUUUAAUGACCGCAAUCGAAUAAAGAUGCCAUUUCCCUUGUUAGAUCGUUACGGAAUAGAUGUAUCUCAAGCGCUCGAGAUGGAAAUCGACUUACCCGAUGACGUAUAUGUCAAAAGUUUGGAAGUGUGUCACGCUCCACUCGUCUUCGAGACCUGGCCUUACAGACAUUUGACCACUUUGCAGGACGUUCUCGACGAGAUCAUAUAUUUGCCUUCGGCCGGAAUUUUCCUAAAAGAGAAUGACAAACUUGUUACUUGGAUGAUGUGUCAUCCACCAAACGGAAUGAGCCGUCUCAUGACACUGGAGCCAUACCGGAGAAAAGGAUACGCCAGUCUGGUGACAAAAUACCUGACAAAGCGGAUGGCUCAAUCCGGACACUUUCCUUACGUCAAUAUAGUGGCAGGCAAUUCUGUAACUGGCACAUUUUUCAAAAGCCUGGGUUUUCGGUUUCUCGGUGCCGGCCAUGCGUGGGUAACCUCUCCUCACGAUCCUCUUCACGACAACGAUAUUGUCACGAAUAAUAACGCAGGAUCACCAUAAUGCUUGAACAGGAACAUUGACAUUUCGUGAGCAGCCUAAAAAAAAAAUCUAAAACAAUAAGUUAAAUAGGUUGACUACAUUAUUAUGCUCAUGUAAAAACAACUUCUAAAAGAAAAAGAAAAUAAACAUGUGAACAUAAAUUUAA